UUAUGUUACUGUGGAAACAAUGGCGUCCAAGUAGCAUAGUGGCUUUUAAUUUGGCACAAUAAAUUGGUUAUAGAUAUAUUGAUCUAGAAUCUAGAUCUAGAUUAUAUCUCUAUGAUAAAAUAUUGAAUAUGUCUCACAGCUACUAUAAUAAACAAUGGCAAGAAGCUCAGGCUGCUUUGGUGGACCUAAUUCAACAAGAGAAUCCUCCAGAGCCACCAAAACCAGAGAGGGAUCGCUUGGCAGCAUUUCAGCUUCUGGCCACUAUGUACAUAAAGUAUAUUCAAAUAUUUCGCAAGUUGGAACAAUCUUAUGAUCAGCUGGUUCAUCCUCAGAAGCGUCGGGUUGUGCGGCAUUGCCUGGACGGUGUUAUGGGCCGGAUAGUGGAGUUGAAACAUGAAAUGAUGAACUUGGAAUUCUCUGAGUAUCAUUAUUUUGAUGAUGUACUCUCUGACUUGAAAUUAACACCAAAUGAUGUUGAGAUUCCUAUUCCAAAAUAUUUUAUAAAUGAAAGGCUUAAAAAUUUAAAAGAGAGAGAAAAACUAUUAGGUCAGGUAUUAGCCAGGAUUGGACCCCCAGAUCAAGACAGAGAUAAGGAAGAGAUGCGGAUGCCUUGGGAGCAGGCUAUCAGAAUAAUACAAAUUCAUGAGAGAGCUAGACAGGGUCGCCUCCGUGCAAAGUUCAUGCGGGAAAUAAGGCAGCAGGAAAACAGGGAGAAACAAGCUCAAUCCCAGGGUGCACCAACUCUUGACCCUGAUGUUGCAGCAACAAGAAUUCAGAAGGUUUGGAAAGGCUUUGCUCAGCGUAGAAGAACAAAGAAAGAAAGAGAAGAUGAGAUGAUUUUCAUUGGCAUGGCCCCACCUCCUUUGCCAACCAACGUGAAAAAUCUGCCACAAACAUUUGCUUUCAAAACAGAGGAGCAGCGUCGCAAGACCCAAGAUGUCCAUGAACAUGAGUUUCAGCAGGCGUUGGUCCACAUUAGAGAAAACCUAAUACAGAAUGAAGGGCCAGAUAUGAAAGAAAAUAUGAUGGACCAGAUCCGACAGUGGUUCAUAGAAUGCAGAGAUGCUACAGGAAAAUUUCCUGACUACCCAGAUGCUGAUGAUGGGGGAUCAGCCAUGAUAUUCAAAGAAAAAGAUCCAAUAGAGCUACAAAAAGAAAUGGCUGAAAAGGAAGAAGGUGGAGGUGGUAAAGGAAAGAAAGGCAAAAAGGGCAAAAAAGGAAAGAAAGGCAAAAAAGGCAAAAAGGGCAAAAAAGGAAAGAAGGGCAAAAAAGGCAAAAAGGGCAAGAAAGGAGACGAUGAGGAUGAAGAAGAAGGUUGGAAAAUGGCUCCAUCCAGUUUUGUUCCAGCAGUGAAUGAAGCAUCUGAAACAUAUAAAACUGUCUGGGCAACUAGAGAUGAAUGCGACAACUUUGUUCAGAAGCACGACUCAGAACUGAUCAAAGAGGAGAAGAGAAAAGAGGUUGAGACAGAGAUUAGAGUUCAGGUGGAUGAACUCAUGAGGACUGAGCUUGCUAAUUUGAAGGCUGCUGUUGACAGAGACAAGAAGGGAAAGAAAGGGAAAAAGUCUGGUAAAAAGAAAAAGAAAAAAGGUAAAAAAUCUGGGAAAAAGGGCAAAAAAGGAAAGAAAGGCAAAAAGAAGGAAAAAGACUUAACACCUGACAGGACCAUGGAUGACCUUUAUGAGGAGUUGGUCACUCAAGGAAUCAUUGUCAGAUGCCCCAGUGUUAAACUUAGUGACUAUGAGGGUGAAUACAGUUACUUAGGCACCACACUCAGACAGGCAAAUAUUGAGCCAAUGCCAUCACUGUCAGAUGUCAGGAGGCUCUUAACAGAGUUUGGAAUUCUCCCAUUAGGUUCAAUUGCUGUUCACCAAAAUGCUCCACUAACCAAAUCGAUCAUGCUGGCUGGACCCCGAGGGACUGGGAAAAAAAUGCUUGUCCAUGCCCUGUGCACUGAAUUAGGAGCCAACCUGUUUGACCUUUCACCUGCAAAUCUUGUGGGCAAAUAUCCUGGCAAAGAUGGUCUUAAGAUGCUUAUGCAUCUCAUUUUCAAAGUUGGAAAAGCCUUACAGCCGUCUGUGUUUUUUAUUGGAGACUGUGAAAAAAUGUUUAAGAAGAAAAUUCCUAAAACUGACCCUACUGACCCAAAGAGACUAAAGAAGGAACUUCCCAAAGCACUCAAGUCAAUCAAGGCUGAGGACAGAUUGCUUUUAGUUGGCACCACCAGGUGUCCAUUUGAAGCAGACAUGAAACCACUAAUGAGCUGUUAUCAGAGGGUCAUUUUGAUACCUAGGCCAGACUAUGCCUCUAGACAUUUACUAUGGAGAAAACUAAUAUUGAAAUUUGGAGGUCAGUUGUCUAAUAGCCUAGACGUCAGCUCCCUGUCCAAGGUGACUGAUGGUUUCUCACCUGGUCACAUGGUCACUGCUAUACAACAGGUUUUAACAGAGAGACGUAUUCAACAGUUAGCCAAAAGACCCUUGCAGGCCAUUGAGUUUCUGGCACCACUUGCCAGACAGGAUCCCAUCUAUAAGGAAGAAGAAGAGGCAUUUAAGAGUUGGUAUAGCAAGACACCCAUGGGUAAGAAACGUGCAAAAGCUGCUCAGGCAGAUGAGGAAGAUGCAAGUGGAGGAAAAGAUAAGAAGGGAAAGAAAGGUGGAAAGAAAGGAAAGAAAGGUGGCAAAAAAGGAAAGAAAGGCAAAAAGAAAAAGUAAAAAGAAUAAUAUUUCUGUUAGUUCAAUUUUUCCAUCCCAUUCAAACUGUUUCACUGAGUCCUGUGAUAGAACAAUAAAUAUCCAAAUUAUAACUUUUUAUGACUUUGUAAAGGAUUUGAAAUAUAAGUUAAGAAAUCAUGAACUAAAAAAAAAAUCACUGAAGAUAAUUGUAACAUUCUUGUUAAUGUUCAUAAUGAACAUUUUGAAUUUCAGAAAAAUGUUAAUUUAUUUUACUUCAAUUAGUUUAGUUUUUAACAAAUGUUGACUCUGUAAGUUGCAUGAGUUUCGUUCUUCUGUAACUAUGUCUUGGCAGUUUUGGCUCCUUUGUAUAAUGAACAAAACUUUGGUGUGAACAAAAUAUGAACUGUGAUAUAUUUGUAUUGUAUAUAUUAAUUAUUUUGUAAGAUUAAAAUAAAAAAUUGUAUAUUUAUCUAUGAAAUAAAUGUUAUGAAAUACACUUUUA